GGGCAUACAUAUACUAUUCCUCUCUCCUAUCUAUCCCCACAGUCUGUUACCUUAUCACAGAGCGGCAUAAUUUACCAUUAUCCUGCAGGUGCUUUGCACGCCGCCCGCUGCAGCACCGUCACUUCCAUCGCACGACAAGCCGCCGCUGAGCGCCUCGCCGUUUCAUCACUCCGCCGUCUCAACGCCACGCCUACAUAAUAAUAAUAGUCUGCGACCGUUCCCGUCCCUCGCGACCUCCUGAGCCCUGCGCCUCCAUUGCCCUAACCCGACCCCUUUCAAAAGGACAAACCCUCGAAGAAAGCCAUGGUCGACGUUGCAGUGUCGGCGCAGCUCGAACAAUGGGCAUUCGAUAACAAGUCUCGAGCCCAGCACCCUGACAGCUCCGCAUCGUCUCCACAAUUGUGCCACGCCGAAAGCGAGACGCUACGCUUACAUGUAGAUGCGCCUACCGUAGACGACUCCACUUCUCCAGAAUCCAAAAAGGCCCUCUCCGUUGACCUUCAGGACCGCUACCUUUCAUCCGAGGAGGAUCUGUCACCAAUGGAGAUGUCGGACGCGGAAGACGAGGUCGCCAGCAUCCACGAGGCCGAGCAGGCGUGUUGUCAAGCGAGGAAGAUGAGCGUGUCUCGGUAUGAGAGAGGAAAGAGUUGUGAUAUGGCCGUCUUGGUGUCGUAUGUCUCAGCCGGGAGACCAAAAGUCAUCGAUCUGGCAGCAUUGGCUUCGCCCGUUCGUGACCUGCCUCAAAGGUCAGCGUCGCUGGCGCAAUUGCCAAUGGACUCCAUCAGCAAGCUCAAGAAGAUGGAGCAGUCGUCACAACUCUCGUCGUCAGCUCCUUCGACAAUCAGCCGUCCGGUUUCGCCAGCCUCAAGCAGACCAGCCUCACGGCGACCUUCCACAACCUAUGUUCCCUCGUCAAACAACAGCAGUUCACUGCGAAUAUCCGCGUCGUCCUCAUCCUUCACAGACGGCUCCACUCGCAGCAACUCUCCCGCCGUAUCAGAAGUCGUCAAUCCUCCAGCCAGCGUCUCAACGCAUCGUCCUCCAGCCCUAAUGCAACACCGCUCCUCCCUCUACGUCCCCUCAUCCUCUUCCCAAACCAGACCCUUUCCACCGCUCACGCCUCUAUCCCCAGAGACUCCCUCCUUCCUCAGCUCCGACCCCUACGAAUCCUCCACCACCUCCGCCGCUUCACCUAUUAUCAAAUCCUCGACGCACAAGCGCCUCCGCUCCAUAUCGCAGCGCCUCGCCCUCGCCAAAAUCGCAAUCACCCCUUCCACCCGCAAAUGGGACACGCGCAUCAAUGGCCGUCCCAACCCCCUCCCUCCCACCCCGGCAACCCCUUACACGCCCAUGACCCCGCAAACCGCGCCCAUCGCCGCCUCCUCGUCAUCAUUCUCACCGCCAAAGGGUCUGCGUAGGCACUCGAGAUUGUCACGGCCGACUUCGGUGCGGGACCCGUCCCCGGAGAUUCCGCCCGUGCCGCAGAGCGCGAGGCUUCCACCAACGACGACGCAGCGGCCAUCGAUGCAGAAGUUGGUGCCAAGGGGAGCCGAUGAGCGGGAACCGAUUCUAGAGCUACCGCCUUGCCCGGACGAGCCUGAGGAUGCGGGGAGGUCUGGCCAGGGGUCCGCAGCUUCGGUGAAGUCGUCAAGGAGGAUACGGAAGAGGAAGAGUUUGAUGGACUUGCUUUGAUGAUGUUUGGGUUCUACACCAUCCCGGGUUGUGUUUUGUCUGCAUGUUGCGAUGUUGCGAUACCCCCAUUUGGGAAUUUUUUGUUGUUAUUUUAGCAAAUCUUGUCUUCCCGUAGCGAGCGAUGAUGAUAUCACGACAUUUUGAGUUUUACGUAUUCCAAUCCAGCGACUUCUGCCUCACAGAGCUCAGUAGAGCCUGAUAGAUAAAUCACCCCUUCUCUUCUCUUCUUUCAUG